GCCAACAACCACCGGUAAGCGAAGUGGGCCUAGCUCUCCCGGAUUAGCAGCCGUAGCCGGAUGCGUUGAAGGGAAGGCAGAGAGGUCUCAUUCAGCUCCCGAACAGACCUGACGUAGAUCCGGAAGUAGCCCGCACCAUCUCAAUUAUGAGGGGACACCUGUAGGCGACGGGAGAGGGACGCCGCGGGGAGCCAAUAAAGCUCCGCAACCGGAAGCGUCUUCUGGGGGCGUCGCACCCGGAAGUGUGGCACCUCCCCGGCCGCACCCGGAAGUGUGAUGCCACCGCCGCUACGGGGAAGUAAUGGUACCCGGCCAGUUGAGAUUCGGGGUUAAAACAGGGAUGUGCAGAUGGAGGCCGGAGGAGACACUGCUGCCCCGGUCCCCGGGGGCGCGGAGGACUUGGAGGACACGCAGUUCCCCAGUGAGGAAACUAGAGAAGGUGGAGGGGUUCACCCGGUCCCACUGGAUCCCGAAGGCGAGGGCCUGGAGGAAACAGGAUCCAAGGACAAGGACCAGCCACCCAGCCCAUCACCACCGCCCCAGUCAGAGGCCCCGUCAAGUACCUCUCGGCUCUGGAGUCCUGCAGCCCCUGAGAAUAGUCCCACGCGUAGCCCUGAGAGUAGCUCUGGAGGCCAGGGUGGGGACCCCAGUGAUGAGGAGUGGCGCAGCCAGCGGAAGCAUGUGUUUGUGCUGAGUGAGGCUGGCAAGCCCAUCUACUCGCGGUACGGUAGUGUGGAGGCGCUGUCGGCUACCAUGGGUGUAAUGACCGCCCUGGUGUCCUUUGUGCAGAGUGCAGGAGAUACCAUCCGCGCCAUCUACGCUGAGGACCACAAGCUGGUGUUCCUACAACAGGGCCCACUGUUGCUCGUGGCCAUGUCACGGACUUCUCAGUCAGCAGCCCAACUGCGGGGGGAGCUGCUAGCUGUGCACGCACAGAUCGUGAGCACGCUGACACGUGCAAGUGUCGCCCGCAUCUUCGCACACAAGCAGAACUAUGACCUCCGCCGCCUGCUGGCUGGCUCGGAGCGCACACUGGACCGACUUCUGGACAGUGUGGAGCAGGACCCAGGAGCCCUGCUCCUGGGUGCCGUGCGCUGUGUGCCCCUUGCCCGCCCGCUGCGAGACGCACUGGGUGCGCUCCUCCGACGUUGCACAGCGCCUGGCCUGGCGCUGUCAGUGCUGGCAGUAGGCGGUCGACUGAUAACAGCAGCCCAGGAGCGGAAUGUGCUGGCCGAGUGCCGGCUGGACCCAGCUGACCUGCAGUUGCUGCUCGACUGGGUGGGUGCACCAGCCUUUGCGGCGGGUGAGGCUUGGGCACCAGUGUGCCUGCCCUGCUUCAACCCUGAUGGUUUUUUCUACGCCUACGUGGCCCGCCUGGAUGCUAUGCCUGUUUGCCUGCUGCUGCUUGGCACCCAACGUGAAGCCUUCCAUGCCAUGGCCGCCUGCCGGCGCCUGGUAGAAGACGGGAUGCAUGCCCUUGGUGCCAUGCGUGUUCUUGGGGAGGCUGCCGGCUUCUCUAAUGCCUCAUCAGCCAGUGCUCCUGCCUACAGCGUGCAGGCUGUGGGGGCGCCGGGCCUCCGGCACUUCCUGUAUAAGCCACUGGACAUCCCUGACCACCACCGCCAACUGCCCCAGUUUACCAGCCCUGAGCUAGAGGCCCCCUACAGCAGAGAGGAGGAGCGGCAGCGGCUGUCAGACCUGUACCACCGCCUGCAUGCUCGUCUCCACAACACCUCCCGACCCCUGCGCCUCAUUUACCACGUGGCUGAGAAGGAGACACUGCUGGCCUGGGUGACUUCCAAAUUCGAGCUCUAUACCUGCCUCAGCCCUCUGGUGACCAAGGCAGGUGCAAUCUUGGUAGUGACCAAACUCCUGCGCUGGGUGAAGAAAGAGGAGGACCGGCUCUUCAUUCGCUACCCACCCAAGUACUCCACACCACCAGCCCCCUCUACGGACCAAGCUGCCCACAAUGGCUUGUUCACUGGACUCUGAUAGAUGGAGCUCCCAGACCAGGCAGUGCUGGGAGCAACCACCUUUGUUUUUUACCUUCUGUCCACCCUGGAAAUGUGGGUGGGGGUGUGUCCGUGGCUAGUCAUUGUCUCCCUAGGCAAUGGGGCAAGAUCUGAAGGCCCAUCUAUGAAAGAGAUGGUGGCAACAGCCAGGCGAGCAGGCUGCUUUCCUCGCCUGGUCAUGCACCUCCACCUCUGGGGAAAUCCUUAGGCCUCCCUCUCCCUUCCCUCUGUCUCAUCUCCUCCACUUGAAUGAUGCUCUAGCCUCUGUGAGGGAUUGUCCCCUCCAAACUUGCUUCAGGGGUCUGCCUCCUCAGUUGAAUCUCAGCCGUGAGUGUCCAGAUCUGGCCAAGGUCUCUAGGGUGGCCCACAGGGGUGCUGGAAUUGGCACUUCAGGGCCACGCUAUGCUUGGAACUGGCCUGAGGGUAUUAAAGAAAAAAACUACAUAAAAGUCCUAAAAGUAAGACCCACAAGGAUAUUCCUUUGCCCUUCUUGUAGUUUUCUUCAUCUUUACCCUGCCAGAAAUGACCCCCUCAAUGCCGGCUGCUGCUAACAUUAAUGAGAAGGUGGCCUCUAGUGUCCACCUGUGGAACCCAGGACACAAAGCACCUGACUGCACACAGUGGCUGAAAUCCAGCAUUUUUACAUAGAAGAUGCACUUAGCUUCUAAGCCUCAUUUUACUCAUCUGUGAAACAGAGAUAAGUAACCCUCUUUCGUAAACUCUGAUGAAGAUUUGUAAACGAAAACAGACUCGAACUAUUGUGUACCACCACAUAGCACAUGCACGUCUGUCCCAGACUUUGACAACCUGCACAAGACAAGCAGCCUAAAGCAGGAGAGACCUUCCUAGGGUUUUGUAUGUGUGCACACUACCCUCGCUCCCCAACUGGCCAUUACCCUAGCUCUGCCCUUGUUUGUGGAGUUACAGCCUCAAGGUUGUAGCAUGCAAUCGGGGCGCAGUGUGUUCUGCGCUUGCCCAGAGCUGACUGCUAAGUCAACCGAUGGCGUAACCGCGGACUGCACGCAUGCGUGGUGAAAAGCCUUUCGCCCUCACGUGGUUUCUUUUUCAACCAGUCAUCAAGCAAGGCUCGCGCGCAGGCCCCGCGUUGGAAAAUGGCGGGGAAGCUGAAACCUCUGAAUGUGGAGGCGCCAGAAGCCGCUGAGGAGGCUGAAGGUAGUGAGGGCAAGUGGGCUGUACUCCUUUCUCUCCAACCAGGGCAGAAAGGAGGGAGGAUUCAUCCCAUUACAAUAAUGAAAUAGUGAUAUUCCAAUAUUUUUUAAAUAAAAUGUUAAGCCUUUUAUUAUUGAAGAAAAACAAUUUUUUAACCGUUCAGCAGAGUGGAGAUAAAUUAACAGGCAUAUUCUUACCAUCGAGAUUAACUUUUGUCAACUCUAGUGAAUACGUUGUUGAAAGUAAACAACACAUAGUUCAGUACGCAAGUCUUCAAACAAAAGUGGGGCGGUGGGGAUGUUCUCAUAAAAAUCACCUUGCUGCAGCCACCCCUUAUUAACAGUAAUUCCCAAUGUCGCCAUUUCACACCUAACACCUACCACACUUUGAUGGACUCUUAAACCUCUUAAUCGAACAUGGCCUCCCCCACAGCCUCUUUUCUCCAGGGUAUCGACUUGAAUGACAGGCAAAGGAGGGUGGAGGGGUGUCGGCCUAGACGCUAUUGGAAAUUGUAUUCCAUCCAAAAGAAAAAAAAUCUCAGACCGGGCACGGAGGCUCACACCUGUAAUCCCAGCACUUUGGGAGGCAGAGGCGGGCAGAUGACGAGGUCAGGAGUUCGAGACCAGCCUGACCAAUAUGGUGAAACCCUCUCUACUAAAAACUAUAUAUAUAUAUGUAAAUUAGCCGAAUGUGGUGGCGUGGACCUGUAAUCCCAGCUACUCAGGAAGUUGAGGCAGGAGAAUCUCUUGAACCUGGGAGGCGGAGGUUGCAGUGAGCCGAGAUCACGUCACUGCACUCCAGCCUGUGUGAUAGAGCGAGACUCAGUCUCAGAAAAAAAGAAGAAAAAAAUCUUCCUUGGCCCGGCUUGGUGGCUCACGCCUGUAAUCCCAGCACUUUGGAAGGCCGAGGUGAGUGGGUUACCUGAGGUCAGGAGUUCGAGACCAGCCUGGCCAACAUGGUGAAACCUCGUCUCUACUAAAAACAAAAAUUGGCCAGGUGUGGUUGGCAGGUGCCUGUAGCCCCAGCUACUUGGGAGGCUGAGGCAGGAGAAUUGCUUGAACCCAGGAGGCGGAGGUUACAGUGAGCUGACAUUGUGCCACUGUACUCCAGCACAGACAACAGAGAAAAAAAAAAAGGAAAAAAAAAUUCCCAAGGCAGUAAUGCAUUUGUAUGCCACUAGUAUUUUUUGUGUUGUUACGGAAGUAUUCAAAGUGUACCAACGUAGAGAAAAUAGCAUAAACAAAGCCCAUGUACCCAUCACUAUGCUUCAACUGUUGUCACCUUUCUGUCCCACUUUUAUCUAUCUCUAACACCCCUUUCUGCACACUCUUUAAACCACUGUAUGAAUAAACACACUAGACUGCAUCCUGCCAGACCUACCCAUAUAGACAUCAAAGUAAUGAUUAUUGUUAAUUACCUGACCUAGGAUGUGAGCUCCAUGAGAACAGAGACUGUUUACCUCUCACUCCCCUGCACCUAAAACAAUGCCUGCUUGGUGUAAAGUAGGUGUUCAGUAAUUUUUUAAUGUGUGACUAAUGAAAUAACUUCCACACAGAGAGGUGUUUUAGAUUAGAGCCACAUACUAAGUGCCAGCAUUCAACAAAGGACAGAAGGAAGUAAGACAGAUGCAAAUAGAUCUCAUGUAUUAACUGUGUAAUACAGCUGCCACUACAAUUUUAAAAAACUAUUUUAGUAUCAACCUUUCAAAUUCCUCAAAAUUAAAGUUAUGACUGACUUCACUAGCAAAGGAAAAAUUGAAAGACGUAUCAAGUUGCCAUUUCUAGCCCAUCAAAUUGGCUUUAUAAAGGGAAGAAUAGUAUCUGGUAUUGAUGACCUUGUAGAGAAACAGGCCUUUUCCUACCUCAGGGAAGAGAGCUGACUCAAAGUAAAGGCUUUGCUAGAGGCAGUUUGGCAGAGUAUUUUUAGCAUCUAAAAUGCUGUUCCACUUCUGCAGUCCCCAUGCUAUGUAAUCAUAGGAGAAUACAUAAGUGUAUGAACCAGGAAUGGUCAUUGGAGUGUUGAUGCAGGCACAACACAAGGAACAGUCACAUAAAUGGCUAAGUCUAGGUUUAUGUGUGCAUGCUGUGGAAUGUCUCUGUGGUGGAUUUUUCUUUUUAAGAGGCAGAAAAAGAUAAAUUCUAAUUUAAAUGUAUAAAAAUUAAAUUUUAAGUUGAUAGGAUUAUUAUUGACACACAAGGAGCUCCAAAAUAGACCCUAUUUUUAUUAGAGACAAGCCAGUUGGGAUUGAAACAAAAAUGGAGGAAGGUAUAGCCCUGUGUAUGUUGCACAGAAAAAGUGUCUGAAUGGUAAAGGCCUGAGUGAUAACUCUGGACAAGGGAUUUGGAUUUUGGGAGUACUGCAGAGGUAGAGGCAUUUUUGUGAUUUAUUGUUUUAUUUUUCUUUUAGAAAAAUGUAAGUAGUCAUAUAUAAUUUUAAAAUAUAAGGGAGAAGAGGGAAAAUUUUGAAUGGCAACUGAGGAUCCUAUAUUCAUAUUGGAUCAGUAUUAACAUCCAGGUUUUGAUUGUUGUACUGUGGUUACCUGGUAGAUUCCCUUUGUAUAUAGGAAAUAGACACUGGAAUAGUAAGGUGUAAUGAGUCAAGUUGUCUGCAACUUAUUAUUCAAAAUCACUCACAAAUGGGGAAUCUGGUAUAAGGGCAAAAUGGGGGCACUGUGGCCUAUUUUUACAACUUUUGUGUACAUCUGAAAUUAUUUCAAAAUAAAAUGUUUACAAGGGUG